AGGAGGAGGAGGAGGAGGAGGAGGAGGAGGAGAAGAAGAAGAAGAAGAAGAAGAAGAAGAAGAAGAAGAAGAAGAAGAAGAAGAAGAAGAAGAAGAAGAAGGAGAAGAAGAAGAAGAAGAAGAAGAAGAAGAAGAAGAAGAAGAAGAAGAAGAAGAAGAAGAAGAAGAAGAAGAAGAAGAAGAAGAAGAAGAAGAAGAAGCCGCCACCACUGCCUUCUAUGGGGCUCAAGCUCUGGUGGGGACAGAGGGGGUUUUAAACCACAGUUCUUCAACUAUCUAAAGCAAAAAACUGGGAAUGUCCUUUCUCUCCCUAAUCAGGAACCAUAAACCUCCAGUAGAAUCAGAAGAUGUAGUAAAAAUAAUGGUGAGAGGGCAGAUUUAGUGCACUAAAGUGGGACUGGGAAAGUCUUUAAGAAGCAGGUACCUCAAAUAGGCUUAAGGUGAAGGUUCUUUGCUGAUGUAGUAACAAACACUUUGUACUUUCAUAGCAAACUGUGUGAGGAAAUACUCAUCAAUGUUUAGGGGCUGACACACACUCCUAUGGCUGUAAAAUUAUUCACAGGAGUCCUUUGAAGAUUAAAGGAGACCUUCCUCCAGGUCAUUCAGAUUGGCCAUUCAAGCGUUGUUUUAUGCAGAAAAAAAUAUCUUAUGUCCAAAUAACCACUGGAUGCUGCUAAUGAACUGUAGGGAAUUUUGUUUUGUUUUAUCUAAGACUUCUGAAUUACUGGAUUAGAAUUUAAAGGUACUCCAGAGGAAUUACAGACAUUGCAAUCUAUACAUACAUACAUACAUACAUACAUACAUACAUACAUACAUACAUACAUACAUACAAGCAAAAGCAUCCUACAAAAUCAGUAAGGAAGUGGUACUCAUGAUGUCUGAAUAUUUAGAGAUGUUGGCAUAGAUGAAGGUCAUAUUAGGAUUUCGAUACCUAUUUGUCAGAUAAAUAAGAACGACAAAUCUUUAGAUAUUAUCUUCCACACAGCGUUACACUGGAAGUAAGUACCGUGCCCGACGAAUCAUUCACAGCAGCAAAGAUAGGAAACCAGACUAGAUGACCACUGACACGUGUCUGUACAGAGGAAAUGUGGUGUAAAGACACAAUGGACUUUUAUGCAGCCAUAAAGAUCAAGAAUAUGUCAUUUGCAGGAGAGUGGAUGGAACCUAUGAUCGUGUUAAAUGAAAUGAGCCAGACUUAAAAAAAAUGCACGAUUUCUCUUAUAUACAGAAUCUAGAUCUAGAUACAAGUAUCUAUGCACGUGUGAUAGAGAAGUAGAAGCUCUCUGGGGAGGGGAAGGGCAGGAGGAGAGAGAGAACAAAGAGAGGGUCAUGGGUGGGACAAGAAAGCCAAAACAUCCAUAUUUCUCUCAUAUGCAGAAUCUAGAUUUAAACACACAUUCUCUCUCUCUCUCUCUCUCUCUCUCUCUCUCUCUCUCUCUCUCUCUCUCACACACACACACACACACACACACACAACCCACCAUCAAAUCAGAAGCUGCAUUAUUAUUUGAGUGGAGGAAAGGAACCAGGAGGGAUGAGAAGAGAGUCGCAUAUGUGUGUGUGUGUGUGUGUGUGUGUGUGUGUGUGUGUGUGUGUAUGUCAUACAAGAAGUUAAAGUAAAAAGGAAGAUAUAUAUAUUAUAUAUAGUUAUAUGCAGGUAUUGAGUUACAAUAUAGAGGGAGAUAUAUAUAUAUAUAUAGUUAUAUAUAUAGUUAUAUAUAGUUAUAUGCGAUACAAUGACAUUUUAUCUAAGGGACUUGAUACCAAGAGCCAAUUGUUUUAUACGACCUUUAGGCAAUCAGGAAAAUGUAGAAAAUUACAGCAGAAGAGAGUAUCUACAGCACUACCACUGAGGGAGCUCCAAGCAUAAUGUAUCACAUAUAUUAUUAUAAACUACAUGUUUUAUAGAGCGUGAUAGAAAAUACAUCAGUAUAUAUACUACAUACCAUGUACAACUAAUAAAUAUGUAGUAGUUAAUACCUGCUAUAUUGAUAACUGAUUAUUAACUUUAUGAUACGUAAGUAACAUGCAUAGCACAAGACGAUAAUUGUAUAUUAGAUUUAUAUAACUUCAUUUUGUGUAAGCUACGAAGACAGUAUCAAAAUAAACGCUUGUGAUGUACUGCACAGCUCAAGACAUGGGCAUCACUAAUUGUUUGAGUCCUUGAGAAGAGUUUUCUGUACUGUUUCUUCACCUCCUUCCUUCUCCCAGAGAGGUGCUUCCUCAUUUCCUCCCAGAGAGGUACUUGCUACCAUGAUGUUUGAUAUUUUUUUAAUUUGUUUUACUUCAAGUUUUGCCAUAUACAAAUGGGUUUUAAAUAGUACAUUGUUUAGAGCCCUGCAUAUUUGAGGUUUUAAGACACUUUCUUUGUUGUUGUUGUUGUUGUUUUGUUUUUUUAAGACACUUUCUAAAACUCAUUGAUGCUGUUAUCUUCAUUCAUUCUCUUAGUUAACGAGAUAGACUACACAUAAAAUAUUUCAAUGGUGUGAAUCCUCUUGAUGAGCAGUUAGGCUCAUUUCUAUGCAAUGUUAGGUGUGUAUCUGGGUGAUGACGUGUAGGCAAUUUUUUAGAAGUGGGAUUUUUGGAAUACGGGAUGUGUGUCUAAUUUAGGAACCACUGCCAAACUUGUUCUUGCGGUGCGUGUAUCGGUAAGAUUCUUCCUAUCGAAGCACACCAGUUCCUCCGGCUCUCUUCUUCACGAGAACUCAGUGGUUCCUAAGUUUUACAUGUUUGCAAAUCUGCUGAGUAUGGGACUGCAUCUUGUGUGAUGGCUUUAAGUUACACUACAGCCAUGGACCUUUAAAAUAAUUAAUUUUGUGAUUUUAUGUAUAUAAAUGUUUUGCCUCCAUGUAUAUCUGGGCACCACUUGCAUGCCUGCUCCUGGAAAAGACCAGAAGACGGUGUCAGAUGCCCUGGAACAGAAGUUAUAGACAGCUGUGUGUCACUUACUGUAAGUGCUGGACAUUGAGCCUGGAUCCACUGGGAGAGCAGAUGGUGGCCUCAACCGCUGACCCAUCUCUCCAGCUCCAGUCCUUUGCUUUUGUCCCCACAUGAUUCCAGUCUUAUUUUCUUCUUCAAAAUGCCUAUGUAAACACUUAUAAAUUGGGUCACUAACCUAUUUCUUAUUGACAUUUAGGUAUCUUUUAUUUUAGAUUUUAGUCUCUUCCUAAUUGUACAUGGUUUAAGUAUCUUGCAAUGGGGAAAGAAGACUGUGUCUUUGGAUUAGAGUAAGUUCUUAAUUCUGUUACUUUAGUCCAUCUUUUUUGGUGUGGUAAUCUGACAUCUCAAGAAAUAUUUCUUAAAGUUUAAAUCCCAUUUAUUUAUUUACUUACUUACUUACUAGUGGACAGAGCUUGUACAUGAUGGCGUAUGCUUGUGUGGGUGGGUUCAGAGGUCAACUUGCGGCACUUGGUUCUCUCUUCCCACCACGUGGGUGUUAGCAGCAAGCUCCUUUACCAGCAGAACUGUCUUGUUGGUCCAAGAAUUCUUUUCUUAUGCUGAAUUUAUAAAAGUGUCUUCUUAUGUCGAAUUGAAAGUUUUUACUAAAGUGAGAACAAUAGCUAACAAUAUUCUUCAACCAUCUAUGCAUCAACCCUCCCAUAAGCAUUUAACACUGUAUGGGCGACAGUCACCAUCCACACCCAGGAUGUUAAGUGUCAGAGAAAAGGACCGUAUGCAGGUGACCUAUCAUUCGAUGCCUCCUUUGGAGAUAACGGCUGUUGGGCUGACUCACUUCUUUCCUCUAACUAAAGCUAGAAAGCACUUCGAGGGACUUCUUGAAGACUUGCCACAUGUUCUUUGCACUUCGGGUCACAGAAGACUGACAUCUGGUUCACAAUUCGGAAAACGAAUGAGUGUCAAGUGAUCAGCCCCUGAUGACAGAGCCUAGGAAAUGAUCAGUGUGCUCUAUGAGAGUUUGUUUGGGCAAAAAGGGUUUCUCAUGAACUGAGUACAGGCCAGGAACCAGCCUGGUAAGAUCCAGACUAGAGCCUGCAAAGGGUGAGCAGGUCUCAGCAGAGAAGAAAUAAACAAACUUCCAUAUUCUCUGGUCCAAAGACUAAAGAACCAAUUGAAUAGGCUACAUCCUCUCGGAUGAAGUGCACAGAAGUAUAUGUCAGAUUCCAGUGGUCAGUCAGGCCUCCAAAAUUCUUACAGGACCACUUGUGAGAGAACCAACUUGAAAAUAGACUCUCAGGGGUUGGGGAUUUAGCUCAGCGGAAGAGCGCUUGCCUAGUGAGCGCAAGGCCCUGGGUUCGAUCCCCAGCUCCGAAAAAAAAAGAAAAAAAGAAAAAAAAAAAAAAGAAAAUAGACUCCCGGGGAUACCCAGAUGCCUCGGAAUAAAAGUAUUCAGAAAUUCGUUGGUAACAUUGGAUUGCCGAUCAUCUUCAGGUCGAGGUGGACUGUAUUAAAAAAAGUCAUUAAUCGCACUUGCUAUAAUAUUGUGCAAGGAGGAUUUUAUUUCUCCCUUAUAGGCACCAGAGACCUUGUGACAGGUUCUGAUAGCGGAGAACAGAAGUUGGGCUCAGAUAUGCAUUUAGCACAGGCAGUGGGAAUUGAUAGCCGGGUAUGCAGGGUCAAUGAACAGAACGUUAUCAGGAGCUAAAAUAGCAGGAGUAAGGGAGAUGAUGAUGGUGGUGGUGGUGGUGGUGGUGGUGAUGGUGAUGAUGAUGGUGAUGAUGAUGAUGAUGAUGAUGAUGAUGAUGAUGAUGAUGAUGAUGCAAUAGGCACAAUAGGAUUCUUUCUGAAUAUAUAGGCCACUGUGAUAGGACUUCUCUGUAGGGAGUUGGGGGUGAGAGUGGUCAGGUAUCUAGGGUUGGGGAUUUUUUGCUAUGCUGACUUCUCAGCAAUCUUUGCAAAAGCUACAGGUUUGAAGGAUUGUACUCUAAAGCCUAGAGUCGAGAAGCCUGACUUAAAUUUGGCCAAGCUCAGAGUCUUCGUGAGGGGGAAAUCUAGGAUUUGCCGCAUUAGAAGAGUCUGUCACAUUAUAUGGCAUAUACGAUGUGUCUACCAUAAAGUCAAAUGUGUCAAAAUAACUAAAAAUUAAUGAGUUUCUUUUGUACACAUCACAAUCCUCUUUGAUAUGAUUUACUCAAUUAUAAGAUUGUAUACUUUAAAGAAUGUAUGUAGAGCUGACCUUAUGUUGUUACAUUUAUUGUUGAAACACUUUUUUUUUUUUUUUUUUUUUUUUUUGGAGCUGGGGACCGAACCCAGGACCUUGCGCUUGCUAGGCAAGCGCUCUACCACUGAGCUAAAUCCCCAACCGUUGAAACACUUUUUAAGUCUAACAGUUGUUCUCACGAACAAGCACCACAGCAUGGUCUGUCCUGCCUUUCUUUCUCUGUCCUUCCCACUCACCACUACUGCAUUUAGUUAUGAGAGAAAAGAGAACCUGGAAAUAAGACAUCUCAGUUCUCUGAGAGGAAGAUGGGGUAUUCCACCAUUCAACAACACUGGCAUUACUUUACAGAGAACGUGAACACGGUGGAAGGCUGAGACAGUCCAGGCAAAGAGAAAUCCAAAGAGACACAGAGACAAUGCUGUCAUGUGAUGAAGCCAGAACCCCGUGCACCUUCACGCAAAGGACCACCAAGAACCUCUGGCAACCCCUCCGGCGGCCCAACGCCACUCACAUCUGCUGAUCGCUGUGUCUUCACUGCUUCAGGAGCCCGUGUGCAAGGCUGACCUGUGUCACUUCAGAUUGUGCAAGGACGUUCUAUGAUGUUUGCAAAGUGAUGAAACAAAUCCAGCAGAACAUUGCUCAGUACUGUCUGUCCCUGUGUGACACAUGACUGUACUAUUAAAACACAAAUCAUUGCAUUGCAUUGCCUGGUGUCAAAAAAAAUCAUUAAGCUCUUUUGGUUUUGUUUCUUUCCCUGUAUCAGUAGACACACAAUUACAUUAAUUUAAGUAUAUUCACACGGUUGUUUUAGUUAUACAAAAAGAAGGUUGCUCAUUUGACAAUCCUAUUGGUCCAGAAACCAUUACAUUUGAUUUUUAUUAUGUUAUUUAUUUUUAUUAGUGUUACUUUUCUCCUCCUCCUCCUCCUCCUUCUUCUCCUUCUUCUUCUUUUCUUCUUCUUUAUUUAGGCAAGGCUCAUGUGAUCCAGGCUCAGUGAAAAUUUUUUAUGUAGCCAGGGGUGGCCUUGAAUUUCUAACCUAUCUUUGUCCACCUUUAAAAAACAAUUUUAUUAUUAUUAUUAUUAUUGUUAUUAUUAUUAUUAUUAUUAUUAUUUUAACUAUGUGUAUAUUAUGUGGUGAUGUGCUUAUGAGUGCAGGUGCUCAAAGGACCCAGAUGCAUCAGAUACCCCUGUAUGCAGAAUCACGUAUGGUUUCAAGCUGCCUGAUGUAGAUGCUGGGAACUGAACUAGGGCCUCAGUGAGAACUGUGCUUUUAACCAGUGAAUCACCCAGUGCUACCACCCCACCUUGCAUCUACUUCUUAAGAGCUGGACCUAUAGCAUCCGUUUGCUCGCCGAUAAGAGGGAACUAGAGGAAGAGAGUAAUAACCACUGAGUGAGGACCGAAGAUGGAGAAAGGUGACCAGGCUUCCGACUGUGACAGUGAUGAAACAGUGAUUGAGGGGUCGGUGACAGAGAACGAACUGGAAGAUGAUGAGCUUCCCUGGAGAAGGUUCUUGAGUCAAGAUACAACUUUUACAUCUGAGUUCUGUUUUCAUUCUGGUAUAAAUGGAACACAGAAUGGUAUGCAUUCUCCUGAGAUUCAACUUGGACUGAAACUCAGAAAGGAUUCACAAGAGCAAAAUGAUAAAAAUGAGGUGUUGCGGGCUCUUAGUGAGGACCUAGUGUUACAGGAUCCUCAGGAUGAAACAACACAAAAUCAAGUUCUGUUACAAACUAGAAAAGAAUUGCCAGUAUUCUCUGUGUCAGUUCCUCACCCCGAAGUUUCAUGGAGUCACCAAACUACUGGAGGGCCUGGAGCUGAAAUCUGUGAACAUUUGCCACACUCAGAAAAGGAACUAAGUGAAAACUCAGAUUCCCCUGAAGUUAGUCUUCUCUCAGGGACUUCUCUUAUGGCAUCUGAUUUGGUUACCUUAAAGGAACAAUUAACAGAGCCAGUGAAGACCUUAGCAGUACCAAACACAUUUUCUGAGCCUGGAAAGAAAGUAACACUGACCUUGACUUCUAUAGAAACCAAAGAUGAAGAAAGCUCUCUUGAAACAUUUGUGUCUGCAUUAGAAAAGUUACUAGAAUCACCAGAAUAUACCCAAGAAGAAAGACUGCUUGAAAUAAUGAAUGACUUCAGUCCUCAAGAGUUCUUGACCUCAUUGAGCAAUUCCAUGAGUUCUGUGUCUGUCCCUUCGAGUGCCUUGUCAGCAGGUGAUAGAGAUGAACUAGGAAACAAGGCUGGUGCUGUGUUGCCAGCUCAAUUGCUGGCAGCCAUCAACACAUUGCCAGGUGCUGAUGUGGGACCCAUCUGUCAAGGACAAGAGAGAAGCAGCAGUGUUAGUGGUGGAAAUGGAUGUUUAGAAGUGCAGCCUGCCAUGUCUCAGAAAGAUGAAGAUUGUACACACAUAGCACAGAAUAUAGAAGACCCAAAACCAUUUAGAUUACAAACAUUGACUCAUGAAAAUGCCACCUCUUAUGAGCAACUAAACAAAAAGGAAAAUUCAGAUUCCAUGAAAAACACCUCUACCCAGAAAACACCUCGUGUACUAAGAAGAUCAUCUAGACUGGAAAAACUAAGAGCAAGCAGAGAUGUGCAUACAGAUGUCAUACUGGAGAGGCCAGAGAGGAUUUUAUCAGAAGCACUUAGCUGUAAGGAUCGAAUAAAUAGCAUAUUUACAACUGAGAAUUUCAGUAAAAGGAAGAACAUGCAUUCAUCCAGAUUCAAGAAUGAACAGAUAAGGAAAAAUGAACAACUUAGAAUAAAAAAUGAAGUGAACACAGCUGGAAUCAAUAAGAGAAAUGCCAAAGGAGAAAGCCGGCUCCAUGUGGCUUCCAAAGGAGGAAAUCUUUCCCUAGUGAAAAUGCUAAUAGAAUCUGGAGCAGAUGUGAAUCUCAAAGAUAAUGCAGGUUGGACACCCCUUCAUAAGGCAUCAAGUGGGGGAUUUGAUGAUAUAAUUAUAGAGUUAUUAAAAGCUGGUGCAAAUGUGAACUGUGAAAAUGUAGAUGGGAUUUUGCCUUUACAUGGUGCUUCUGCAGGGAACCAUUUAAAGGCAGCUGAGAUACUCCUAGAACAUGGAGCAAACCCUAGUCAGAAAGAUCAGAAACAGAGGACUGCUUUGGAUGAAGCAGAUGAUGAAAAAAUGAAAGAACUACUAAAAUCUCAUGGUGCUAUUGAGACCGCUCAUGGAGAAGAGAGGAGCUCCAUAGUUCCAGUAAAAAUUCCUGCUAUUCGCCCAAAAAGAUAUAAGCCUUUUAUCUGUGACAAUGACAAAGCAGUUGGUUCUCCUGCUCCCUCACAUAAAGCAAAGAGGAGUGAGAGCCGACCUGUGCAUCAGACCAUCAGUGCCAUUCUAAAAGAUCUAGAAGAAAAACAGGAAACCUUACUGAAGUUUGAGAUAAGAAACUCUGAAGAUGAAGAACAAUACAUUGAAAAGAUGUUAGACAUAAAAGAAGUUAUGGAUAAUAUACUUGCUCAACAGAAAACAGAAAGGGAUGAUCUAGCUAAAAAAUACAGGGUAUCCAUGGAGUCAUUUAAACAUGGGGCCCUGAGAGAACAGCUGGCUAACUUGGCCACAAGACAAAAGAGUCUUUUAGUUGUAGCAAAGAAACAAAAAAAGAUAAGACUGAAAAUUCAAAACUAUAAGACUGCCACACCAUCAUCUGGUAAUAAUUUAAGGAAGCUGCCAUGUAACUCAGACAUCUCCAGUGACAAGACCAGCCAAGAUCCUCCUGGAGUGGGAAACUCAGCUCUUGCCCAGUCAGGCUCACUUUCUCCUAACAAUCUUGCUUAUAGAAGUAUGCAAGAAAUGCCAUUUUCUCCAGAAAUACAGAGUGACAGCCAGAAUACUAACAUUUGUUUGAAUGCAGAGGCAAUAAGAGGAGAAGAAUUCCCUGGAAGUGACACAAAUUCUAAACAAAAUGUCCAGGAUUGUGCCUCAGGUGGGUUAUUAAAAUCCACCUCAGAUGACACUGAGAAAAUGACAUCAUCAUCCCAACCUGUUGCUCUUACUUCUCAAGCAGAGUAUUCACAAGCAGAGAAUUUUUUUCCAGAAACUUCAGUCAAAGGCUAUGGAUUUGAUGCUCCUUCACUAACAGGCACCAUAAAUAUUUCAGAAGAUAAAAGUAUAUUUUCCCAAAAUGAUGUCUGUCUACCGGCUUUUCCUCAGAAUCAGGGCCUUUCCCGUUGUAAACCAAAAAGAAGAAACAAGAGAACAGGUUCCCAACAACCAUCUGAGGGAGCAUCUAAGCCUCUGGCGCAGACUGUUGCUAUCUUAGAUACCUAUACUGCGCGUCAGACAAAGCCGUGUCUUAAGAAAUCAGCUUCUGUUGCUUUGAAUGCAGACAGCAUGCAAAUCUCUCCUCCCUCUGUGUCUGCCCAUCAACCUUCUUCUAAAAAGGCUCCACACCACAGCACAACUCCCAGAAAGAAAACUGUGCAGCUGAAAGACUUGAUUUUACUUGGAAGAAUUAAUCCAGGAAAUAACAUUCUGGAAUUUAAAACCCAGGAGACAACCCACAGAGCCAGUGUUUUACUGAGUGGUAAACUGAAGGUAGAAAAUGGUCAGAUUUACCAGAACCCAGUUACCUGGCUCAAGGAUGUCCUGGGAGGUGGCAGUUAUGUGACCUGGAAUUACGCUUGGAAUAAGGUAACAUACCUUGGAAAGGAGCUUUUGAAGUAUGUUUCUGAAGCACCUCCUGUUUCUGCAGAACCGAGUAGCACACCUCAGCAGCACCAGCCUUGCCUCUCAGCAGGCACUUCCAGAGAGUCGAUGCAAAUCAUCCCUCAUUAUCUACAGAUAAAAGAAAUACUUCUAAUCAGCGAUCAAGAGCUUCUGCCGUGCCAUGUAAUGGAGCAGCAUUGGAAGUUCUAUGUGGAAUGUAAGAAGCUAUCGUUCUGACGCCUGAAGCUUGGCUUUCUAGGUAGCUUACUUAGCAGUUGCUCUUAUAAUCACCAGCCCCUCAUCUCCAUCGUGUAAGUCACAUCUUAACCUGCACUAUGAGUUAUUUCCUGUGAUAAGAAAAUGGUUGUGUUAUGGUCAGUUUAGUGCUUUUUGCCUCUAAAAUCAAGACAUUUCUGAAUAAAACCAUAAUGAGUCUCCUGCUUUUCUUUUAUUGUCAUCAACUUAAAACUAAUCUUGCAUUCAGCACUUCUACCUGUGCAUGAGUGACAGUUCCUAGUAGAACAGUGAAGACACAAUCAACAGGUAAGUGUCUCUGGGGAAGCCCUGCAAUGUCCCCCGUUUACUCUGAUGUGUCGCUUAAAAUCAAAUGUAAAAUUACAACGAAUUUAAGUUUUAUGUAAGAUUAGUGUAGGUAGGGCUAAAUCUUUGAACAGGGAGCUAACCAAAUGUUGACUGGAGAUGACUGCUUUUGAAAGUUGAACCUCCUACUUCUACACUGUCGUGAGCAUUUGUAAGAUACUCAAGAGUUUUGUCAGUUUCCUCAAACUCCUUAAUGUUUUGAUGACCAGAUUAUUCUCAUCCUUCAUUAUCUCGGACUCCCUAGUAAGCUUUGGCCUCACGUUCUUAUUCUGUCACUUGUCUGCCAUUGUGUAGAGAAGUGAACAUUGCAAUAAAAAUCACCAGGAGGCUGGAGAGAUGGUUCAGCAGAGUCCUGGUGUCCAUGUGUAGCUCACAGCCCUCUAUCUAUAACUCCUGGGAAACCUGGUGCCCUCUUCUGGCCUCUGUGGGCACUGGGUACAUGCACAGGCAUGCAUGUAGACAAAACACCAAUACACACAAAGUAAUAAUUUAUUAUUUUUAAUCAGUAGAACUUUGGUGAGGGGGAAUAUAGUAUUGGCUUUGAGUAUUUGGAUGUCUUACUUCAAAUGUAUACUGUAUUUAGAAAAUACCUUUAGAAUACACAUUUGAGAGCUGACUCUGGGAAGCAAGGUUACAGAUCUGGACAAUUGAGAAGAAAGGAAGGCUAUUCCACCCAAAGCUGGAAAAAUCUGCCUUGCCAUGACUCUUGUCUAAGAUCUCUGGGCAGUUUGGAGGGUAUUUAUAAGAUUCUGUCUACUCUGGGGUCUCGGUGAACCUUUUAAGCUUCUGACCCUCAGCCACACACAGGACCUUGAAUGUCCAUUGAUCCAAUCUACUUGACCUUUGUGUCCUUUCUGUGAAACUGGUUUUUAAAAAUGCACUGCAUGUAUUCACUAUACUAUACUGUGUUACAUGGGGAUAUUUUCUACAGUAUAUAUUAUACUAUACUAUACUGUCUUACAUGAGGAUAUUUUCAUACAGUAUAUAUUACACUAUACUGUGUUACAUGGGGAUAUUUUCUACAGUAUAUAUUACACUAUAAUAUACUGUCUUACAUGGGGAUAUUUUCAUACUGUAUAUAUUACACUAUACUAUACUCUUACAUGAGGAUAUUUUCUACAGUAUAUAUUAUACUAUACUAUACUGUCUUACAUGAAGAUAUUUUCAUACAGUAUAUAUUACACUAUAAUAUACUGUCUUACAUGAGGAUAUUUUCUACAGUAUAUAUUAUACUAUAAUAUACUGUCUUACAUGAGGAUAUUUUCUACAGUAUAUAUUACACUAUAAUAUACUGUCUUACAUGGGGAUAUUUUCAUACAGUAUAUAUCACACAUUGAGUAUAUUCCCUCUUAUGCACAUCUUUUUCCUUUCUUCCACUUCCCCUCUCCCAUUAGUCCCCCUUAUCCUAGACAGUCUUGCCACUAGUUUCAUAUAUACAUACAUGAUUUUACCUAUUUGAAAUAUAGGAACUAUUCAUGAGAGAAAACAUGGUAUUUGUCUUCCUGAGACUGGCAUAAUUUCCUUAGCAUUAUUAAUUUUACUUAAACCCACUUACCAGCAAGUGGCGUAAGUUUGGUCUUCAUACUGAGAACAAUUUCAUUGUGUCUCUAUGCCACAUUUCUUCACCCAUUCCUCUGUUGUUGGGCACCUGCUUGCCCUUGUGAAGAGCACUGUGCAUUAAGCACUGAUGUGCAAGUAUUUUCAUGACCCAUUGGCCUCAGUCUUUCCAUUCUCUAGUUCAGCCUUCAUUAGUACCAGUGUAGACUGAUCCUACAACAGCAGUUCUAGCCAGUUCUUCUUACUGCAGCUUACUGUUGGUUCAGCACUGUGUCAUACCAGCCUAAUCAUUAAAUAUCUACACUGUCCCCUUUGCUACUACAGGAGUGAAACUAUAACAGGUCCCCAGACCUCAGCAGGGCUGACAGUGUGAGAGAUGUUCCAUCAGGCCUGGGAACCCAGUGCAUAGGUAGCAACAUCUGCCAACAUGAAAACAAAGACCCAAUCCACUCAAAGUCCAUGGCUCUCAGAAAGGCCCUAAAUGUAUUGACCUUGCAUUAUGGCUCCUGAAGUUUCCCUUCUGGCUAACUGUUCUUGCUAACUGAGAUAUGUCAAGUCAGGGUGUGGAUUUGUGCUUGAAAGCCCACCCUGAGAAAGGCUUGGGACUGUACUCAGGUCCCAAGCAUCCAGUGUAGUCACAGACUGGCUAAUUAAAGUUUUCUGUUGGCCUGAACCCAUGUCCAAUUGAUAUUCUCUGGUGGAUCCCUCACAACAAAAUCUAGGCCAAAAUUUUUAAUUACCUGUCUAGUCCUAAUAUAAUCUUCCAGUUUCAUCUCCCAAUAAUCUUGUAACUAUUAAACAUAUUUUUGGUCCCUGUUAUGAACUGAAUUGUGACCCUUGAAAUUCAUGUGCUAAAUCUCUAAUCUCCAAUUCCUCAAUUGUGAGUGUAUUUGGAAGAUAGGGACUUUAAAGGAAGAUAAGGGCCUUGGUUAAGUCAAGAUAAAGUCAUUAAAGCAGCAGGCUCUGUAUGAUUCAGUCAUCCUGAAUCAGAGAAGAGAAGGCUUGGACACAUAGGGACACAAGAGAUGUAAGAACACAGUAAUAUCCAUUCAUCUACAGACAAGCGGCCACAUCGGAUAAACCACGGUGAUGCUGACUGUAGACCAGAAUCUUGAGAAAUGGUUUAAAUCUUGUUUAAAGCCACCUCGUAUGUGGGGUUUUCAUUAUGGUGACCCUAGCAACGAAUGCAACCUAACACCCCUCUCCCUUUUCACUGUUUACCCCACCUAUCACAUUCCUUCUCCGCCUUGUCCAGCAUGGCUCCUGGGACUUGGAUCUACUGAGGGUGAAUGAAGAAAAACAGAAAAGCUGGGGUCUUGUGAUCUGGGCUCAGCUGGGAAAGUUUCAGCACCCAAGAAGCUUAGCAUGUUUAUAGUGCAGAGUUGAACAGAGAGGCAGGAUUAUUGCAGGGCCAGACAAGGAGGAGGGGUUUCUUGGUAUUGUGCUGGUUUGAGUAAGCAUGGCCUCCAUAGAUUCAUGUAUUGAAUGCCCAGCCCAUAAGGAGUGGCACUACUGGGAGGUGGGACCUUGUUGGAAGAAGCAUGUCACUGUGGGAGAGGGUCUUUAGGGUGAUAUAUGCUCAAGCUAUGCCCAGUGUGCUACACAGUCUCUGCCAUUUCCUCGCCCCCAGGCGGCAGGGAAGUUUGUCAUUCUUCCACAGUUCAUGGCCACACCCAUAUCAACAGCACACAUUUCCUCAAAGCUUCACUCGGCUUCCUUCACUCCCUUCACCUCUCUUCCCUGUCCAUUUACAGUUCUCAUACAGUUUAUCAUACAGUUAUAUAUGAGGCCACCCUCAUAUGUGACUUCCUAUGUUGCCUCGCCAUGACCUCUCAAUUCAGGCCCUUAAUAUUUGGUGCCUGCUGUUCCUAAUUUAAGUUUCCAUAGUUUGUCUCCCUGAAGCAUUUUAAAAGCCUGGUUAAGAAUUCAGUCGUGGCUGUAUAGUUAGUGUUUCCUAAAUAGCUCAGGUACAGCAGGUGCCUAAGCCUGCCCUGUCAGUUACAUACUGUGCUUUGAGGUCAGUGACAGGACACCUCAGUGAAGACGGCGAAGUGUCACUCUGACAAGCCACGACGUAGGAACAUAGGAAUGGCUAUGCUUCAGUUGAGCAAUGCCACCAUUGUUUCUUCUCCAAGCCCCACAGGGAUUUUGCUGUUGCAGUCUGAAGAAUAUCAUUAGAAAUGAGACAGUUUUCUUCUGAUGCACUUCCUUGGGACAGUAGCUUUCCUAAACACUUCAUUCACAAGAAAGUUGUGUAACAGUCUGGAAAGAUGGCUCAGCAGGGAAACAUGCUUGUCAGCAAGCCUGGCAACCUGAGUUACAGGCUUGGCCUGGAGAGUAGGGUACCACGAGUCAUUCUCUCAAACACGCAUAAACACAUUUUAAAAGGUUUUGAUUCUUUGUGAAUUUCAUAUCAUGUACCUCAAUCCCACUCAUCUUCCCCCCUCUUCAUAUCUACUAUCUGUCAUUACAACUUUGCACUCAAAAGAAAACAAAAACUAAAAACUACAACAGUUAAAAAAAAAAACACUGUGGAAGCUGUGGUGUCUCGUGGUGUGUCACACAAUACACCCAUUUGUCCAGUCUCACUUGCAAAUGUUGAUGGCAGUGAGUCAUUGGUCUGGUUCGAGGACCCUGGCCUCUGCUACACCAUCAAUACUGGGUUGUCACUGGGGCUCUUCUAAGAUGUCCUGUUGUUGCCCUUUGUCAUGGAGAUCCUGCAGCUUUGGUUUGUAGGACUGGCCCCUUUGCAUACUCCAGCAGUUCACAGAUGGCAUACAUGUUAGUAGGCCAACCUAAGGCCCUGGAUCUGAGCCCGGGUAGGGGCUGUAGUUUUCAACCCACCAGCUCUUUCUGUGCCUGAACCCCAAGGGCCUGCUUUGCCCAGGUAAGUGGUGGGGACAGCUCUGUUUUGUGGUAGCAGGCAAGCACCCCUGCUACCAGGGUCCUUUCUCCAGCACUGUUCUGAACCUUCAAGGCCAGCUCUACUAUGCUGCCCCAGGUGAGGUGUCAGGCCCACUCUCCUAAGUGCUGUAGCCAUUGAGGAAAGGGGCAAGCUCUUCUACUCUCACACCCUUGGGGCCAGCUCUCCCAUGCUGCCCAGGCAAGGGUCAGGGUCAGCUCUUCAUAGUUCUCAGGCAUCAACAUGGUCCAGACUGGAGAUAUCUGCAUGGCCUUUGGUAGUAACAUGGGCCAUGGAAAUCAACACAAACCCCUCCUGCUGCCAGGAUAUGUGCCCAAUCAUGGCCCUCAGUAGCAAUAAGGGUGGGUACCUCCUCAUGGCCUCAGGCAACCUAGGCUACUCACAUCAGGCUAUAUUCAGUGCUCAAACCAUUCCACUUCUCUCCCAGCUCUCCAACACAUGCAUGUCCAUGGUAGUGGUUUCCCUGGCCGGGGGUCCUCUCUUAGAGAGGUAACACGAAGGUUCUGCUUCUCCCUCUCCCUUCUUUCCACCACAUGGUGCUUCUGGGUGUCUUCUGCCCGCCCCUGGAGGGUCUCUGGGUUUCUUCAACAGACGCCCACCACUGCAUGGGGGUAGGCAAUCCUCUUACACUUAAAUAAUUUUUUAAUUGCUUAAAAAAAAGUUGUGUUUUCCUUGGGCACGGUGAAUCACCUAAGUAGGUCACUCUGGAGAAGUGGCAUUCAUUACCUUGAUUUGCUGAAAGAAACACAUGCCCACAUGUAGGAGAACAGUCAGCUGCAGAAAUCACCCACAGGGCCAGUCAGGAAAGGAAGAGGAAGGAAGAAGGGAAGGGAAGGAAGUGCAGUCAGUGGUCUGUGUAAGGGGCUAGAAUAUGAACUAAUAUCUUUAUUAAUGCAUUCCAGUUGUUAUCACAAGCACUUCUGAUGUGUUAACACAUGUAACCCUCACCACACUAGAUGUACUAAAAGCUAUUACUCACUUUAAGAUGAGUGAUCUGAGGAAAGGCUGAGGUAACUUAGCCCAGAGUUACAGAGCAGCUGCCAAGUGGUAGAAAUAUCAAAACUGGGAGUCUAGCUUUGGAACUCAGAUUGGGUACUGUAUGUUUUUUCUCUCUCAGCCUGUUACCUAGUUCAAAAUGUAUAUUAAGAUAUUGAACGGUGUCAGCCUCAUGAUGGUGACUCAGGCUCCUGCUACCUACACAUUUUAAAGUCAAUUUGCUCACUGUGGUAGGGCAAACGGAUUCUCUCUGGUAGCCAAGGAAAUGCAACAGCCCAGAUGCCAGCUCUAACAGAAACACAUUGGUGUCUACUAUCGAGUCUCUUUAUUUUUCUGUCUUGGAAGGCUCUAACCAUGACUGAGAUGAUUUUUGAUAGGAGAACUAUCUUGCUGCUUUGAAUGAUUGCAUGAACCCAUAGGCCCUGGUUUGCAAGGGACUUCGGAUUUCUUAUCUAUUGUGAGCUAAUGGCACUUAGCUAACAACAUAUGGGUUUUUUUUGUUUGUUUGUUUGUUUGCUUGAUUCUGCUCAGGGUUUUGCUGUUGUUGUUGCUUUGUUUUUUUCUGUUUACAUAGUGCAUGUAAAAGCCAAGAACUCUGAUUUCAUCCAGCUGAAGCCAUAGUGUUCUCAAAUCUUAAAUCUUUUACCACCUAAAGAUCAGAAUUGGAGGCCAUGCCAAGUCAACUUGCCUGACUUCAUUCAAUCCACAAGUACAGCGAUUGUGGUUAACUACUAAAUUCCUUAGACAUAGCUGUAAGUUUAUAUUCUUCCAUUUAUUACUACUUUACCAAGAGAUUCUCAUUUUGCUUUUGGGAUAGGUUGACCUUGAAAUCACCAUGACUUUGAAUAUCUGAUCCUACUUCUUCCACCCCCCAAGUACUGACAUUACACAGUACCACAGCACCCCCAUGUAUGUGGUGUUGAGGUGGGUGCCAGUAAACACUCCUACCAACAACUGAGCUGUAAGCCCAGCCCUCCCAGGAGUUUUAAGGAAGACCAGCAGGUGCACACUUAAGAUGCUAUAAUGUCAAUAAAGUAUUUGUAAGUGGCAAAAGCAGUUGAUAUUUGUGUUUUCAGCACAGAAUACCUUAAAGUUCCAUGACAUCUUGACUGUUUGUCUGAGAUAUGAAGUUGGGUCAUGUCCUUAAAAGCUGAAGGCAGGGAAGUGAUAGGGCAAGUUAAGUGGUAAGGCUAGUGGUUGAGCCUAGCCAGUCUCCUACCAUCGGACAGCAGAGCUUCCCUGUCCACUUCGACCAACACAGUAACUGUUGUGAAAUGAGCCAACAGAACAAACCAAAAUAUCCCCCCCUCUGUGUGUGUGUGUGCAUGUGUGUGUGUGUGUGCAUGUGUGUGACCUCAAAAGAAAUAUACUAGUGAUGAAAUAGUUGAAGAAAAUAUUGACCAAAUUUCCAAGACGCCAUCUCUAUGCCACUAAAGAUAAGUUCUCAACAAUGCAAAUCCAGAGAACCCCUCGCCACACGGAGUCCUUGCCCUUUAGAAGCCAAGUAGAAUAGUUUGUAUGGAGUCCCUCCAUCCAUAUACAGGGCAAGGCCUAUCAUCCCCACUAGAGUCGCCCCUACCCUUAUUUUUCUACACUUCCCCAGAAGGGACUUAGAUUCCCCUGCUCUGUCUGUUUCUUUGAUAAAAUGUUCCAUCAGCUUGUUGCUCAGUUCAAUAAAUAAAGAAAAAUCCAGGCAAACAUAAAAACAUGUGAGACCCUCGACCUAAGGCUAGACUUGCUGUUUAUCUGUAGCUGCUUGUCAUAGUUGUAGAUUUUCACCCCACAAAAUCUUUAGAAUUUGCCAAGAUCUGUUUGUGUAAGUGCUGCUUCACCUCGGUUAGGUUAGACACUGAGAUGUGAACACUGGUUCUGGGGGAUGGGGGGUUACCAUCCUGGCCGGUGGAGGGUCCUGAACACAGAUUGUCCAGACCAGUACGUUUUCUACCUGCUCUGAUCUGAGGAUCUGGUAUUCAAGCAGGGCUAGUCAGCUGACUCCUUUGAUCCUUGGGACCCUUGAUUACAAGACAUGGCGAUUCUCUAACAGUGCUCUGGAGAUUCAGGACGGUCACAUGGAACUACUGAAAGGUACUUAUUAUCCUUUGUGCUCACAUUCUAACCCAUGUGCCUUCAGCCCUAUUUCCUUAAGGUAACUAAAUUCUGCAGAAGGAUCCUAUCAAGUCUCAGAAGGCCAAUGGAGAGUCUCCAAUACACUCAGGUGAAGCCUAUUCAGACAUCUAGGAAGGCCCAUUCAUUUCUCAGCUGGAACUAGUACCACUUUAAGGAGGCUGUGUUUUCCUCAGGUGCUUUCCUCAGAGGGAGAGCAGUGCAGUGGUGGAAAAGCAACAUCAUUCUGUGUGGGCAGGGAGGCAUGGCAGCAUUCAUGAGCAAACAUCCUCCAGAGUGGUGUAACAUACUAACUCUAUGACUGAUCUGUGAUUUAACCAAGGUAGGAAACUCCUUUAAGCUUCAGGGUGUUGAUCAUUAGGCAUGGUAUUCCCCUCUCUUUUAAUACUCAGGACAUAGUCCUGAAAGAUAUAGUCUGAAAGAUCUAAGUAGUGAGGGUACUUUUCCCCCCAUUCUAGCGAUUGAACCCAGGGCCUUGUGAGUCUCACCACUGAGCUGCACUGUCAGCUCAAAGGGUAAAGUGUGUGCUUAAUGUAUGCAAGGAGGUGCAGUUAAAAAAAAUGCUGACAUGACCACUCCUUGAUAUGGUUAGGGGUUUUAUUAUAAAUAAGAGAAAACAGUUGGAGACAUCUGGAAGCAUCUAGAGCAGAGAGAGAACAAGGUGAUUGGGCAAGGCCAGGGCUAUGUGUAUGAGAGUGAAGGGACAAUCACCAGAGAUAGGGACUAGAGAACAAAGUGAAAAAGUCAGGAGCUGAAAACAGCAAACUGAGGGGAGCAAGGGUUGUUGUGGGGUGAGUAGCAGUGGGAGAGAAACCUCUGAGCUGGAAGGGAACUUUCAAAUGCAUAAGUAUGCCAUGUUCAGUUGAGAUCCCUGGAAGGCCUGCUUUUUUCUGAAGGGAAUUGGAGGAAGAAUGGAUCUAAGGGAGAGAAGAGGUUGGGUGUGGUUGAAGGGAGGGGGACUCUAUGGUCCGAAUGUAUUAUAUGAGAGAGGAAUAAAUUAAAACAAGGAAGAAAAGUAGAACAAGUACUUGUGCAUAAAGUCUGGGAAGCCUGGGGGCUAGCGUGGGCCUUGAUAGCUGGUAGGCACCUCAGCUGUAUGCUAAUUGGAGAGCCACAUGUCCCUUUUGCUGGAGGAAAAGGAAAUGACUCCCUUUGGUAGGCAAGAGCUGGCUUCACAACCACCAGAAAUCCUAUUAGUCCAAGUUGAGUUCAUUUCUGGAUAUUUCAACUGCCUUUUGGAGUAUGGUAAACUGGAGGUUCCUUUGAAUCUGACACUAAAUGUUAUGAUAUGCUAUUGUGGCAGUGAGUAAUUAAUUCAUGGUGUUCUUACAUGUGGUAUGGUAAAUAUUUGCAUUCCAUCAGCCUCUGCCUUCUGGGGACACUUCAGGUGUGGAAUGCUGACAGGCAUAUACGUUAGCAUGUUAGUGGUUCUUCUAGGCUCCGCCCAAUAGUUACCUAGUAACAGCCAAGUAUGAGAGCCUAGCUUGCUAUAAAAAGCCAGUUUGGCCUCUCCCUUGCUCUCUGACCCCUCUCUCUGUGUCCUUCUGUGUCCCCUCUCUUUCUCUGUCUCUAUUCCCUUCUCAACCCCCUUCUCAUGCCCCAAAUAAAUUUCAUUUUAUACUACACCCAUCAUAUGGCUGGUGGGGGUGGGGGUGCCUCAGCACAAGGCCGCUAAGGCACCCCUCCUGACACAUCAUACCAAGUUUUACAAACACCAAUAUUCUUGACCCCCUUAACUAUUGCUUCUUUCCUUCAAGGAAAUGGUUGGACCAGUACUGCUUUAGGAUUAAACCCCCUAGUGGUAUCCUAGCCACUCUCCCACCGCUGUUAUUUGGCCCAUGGAUGGUCAUUUGGCCCCAGUUUAACACAGGCCUUCAUUUGUAGCCAGAGUUUCUUUGAAGGCAGCAGGCACCUCAGUUUAUACCUCUUUGCAUCCUCAGCUCACGCAGUAUAUUAUUAACUGACUUUUGUGAACUGUACCAGGUUAGUAUUUUCCCCAACUUCAAGGCCACUUGAACCUUGUAAGUGGACCAUCACCUGGAAAGAGAGCAUGCACAGAUACAAUCCAGUUAACAUGGGGUCAUAUUGGAUUAGAGUGGGCUCUAAAUCCAGUGCCUGCUACCCUUAAAGCAAGGAGGAAUCUGGAAACAGAAGAAGAAGCAGGACAGAAGGCCAGAGUACAGUGGGGGCACCGUAGGAGUGAUAGAGCUCCAAUCCAAGCACCAGCAAGGAUUGCUGGCCACCAGGAGGAGGCAGAGGACUCUCUACCUAGAACCUUCAGAGGAGUCACACCCCUGCCUAUAAAACACUUGUGGAUUGUUAAGGUUCCUCAUUGUAGGGAUGCUGCAUAUGAGAUACUGAAGGGAUGUCCUUGGAGGGUCACAAUCUAGCCUUGAGCAAUUUACUUUCAGAAGAUCUGGAGAAACCGCAUGGCUUUGAGAGAACAAGGACAGUCAUUGACGUCCACUGAUGGCGAGAAAGAUAACACUGGGCAUAAUCUGGGUAGAGGUAAUAACGAUCCAAGAAUAUGAGGUUGAAGAUGUCUUCUAAAGGUGUGAUGGCUAAUUGUGGUUAUCAAUUUGACAGUCCUACAAAGAAGGAGCCUCAAUUGAGGGAAUGGACAUGUUCAAAAUAAUAAAACAGACAUGUGGGAGGGAACAUGUGGGUGUUUCCUAGUCCACCAGCCACCAACUGGAGGCUCCUUGACUUGAGCUGGGGCUUGUGAUGGCUGCUGGUUCCUAUGAACUCCAGACUGGCCUAGGUUCUUCUGUGGUGAAAGGCACACACGACAGACCACAAAGUCUACAUUCUGGCUUUCCCCUUCCCGACAACGCACCCCCCCACACACACACCCCAAUUACUGAUUCCUACUUCUUAGUCGAAAAAUCAGAAAAAGAGACCUUCCCCUUCAUAAGGCUGUAGAGAUCUAUUUAAACUGCAUUAAUCCUUAGAACAGCGCACAGCAUGGAGGAUGAUUUGAAGCAUUUUUUUCCCUCUAGAUCUCAUGCAUAUAUGAUGCCAACUUGGAAAGGAGAAUUAUGGAGCUAAUGUAAUGACAUUUCCAGAGAAUAGAGGUCCCUGGAGAUGGCAAAGCCAGCCCCCAUUUGCCUCUCAAUAAGUUUGUAAAAUGGGCAUGAAAACACGUGCACACUGGACGUUUUUUAAAGCCAAUGUAGGGAAACGGGCUCCCUGCUGAGAUGGUCAGACCCUGGAAUUGACUGAAUCCGGAUUCUGGGUCCUACCCAGCUCCUCACUAGCUCGCCAAGCCUGCUGCAGCCUUUCAGUCCGUUUUAAAAGAUGGAACAGAGUAAGUAAACAAGCCAACUGCGAGGGACUUGCUUAGUGCUACUCUUGUCCUGCAGGCAGAUCCCAGGAAGUCUCCCACUCCCACCCCCUGGGAAGACCCUUCGAGGUGAAACUCUUAGACACUUACAGUGCUUGCUUUACAACAUGCGCAAACACGAGGCCCCUUGACAAGUACCCCAGGAGUCAGAUGCUGUCCACUGGGCG